AAGUAGUUAAUUUUUGUGCUCUCUCUCUCCCUCUCUAGGAAGAUCUCACGGAGUAAUAUCCUUUUUAAUCGUUUAAUGUCAUUAAAAGCAGCACGUACAGCAGAAAAAACGUGACCUGGAGUCGUGUUGACCCACAGAACAGAUGUCUGUUUCUGUCACAGCGUAAUGAUGAGUGAUAAUAUUAAUAUUCUUAACUGUGCGUCCAGUUUGUAUCGCUUCUUUUCCAGCUCGUCCUCUUUUUGACGUCAGUCUACUUUGUUUUUUACUUUUUGUCGACUCUCAGCAUGAUCAUCUACAAGAGUGUGUGUUUUAGCACAGGCUACGUGCUGAGCUACCCUGAUGCCACCCUGGCCUGUGAUGUCUGCCUGCUGUUCCUGCUGGCUGCUCUGGAGGCUCUGCGUCUUUUCUUUGGUGUGAAGGGCAACCUCAUGGAGGAGAACAGCUAUGUUAUAGCUAACCUUUUCCUGACAGGAACAACCAUCGUGCUGGCAGUCUACUACCUGGCCUGGCAGGCCUACGUGCUGCGCGCUGAUGCUAUCAUCAGUAGCAUCUUGCUGGUUGCCUACGGCCUGAGCGGACUGCUGGCUUCCAUCACUGUAACCCGUUUUGUCAGUGCUUAUUCAUGAAGACAUCAUCUCUUCAUCUUCAUCUUGUAUGCUACAGUGCACAUCCCGGCACAUCUGCACAUCGUUCCUUUGACCAGUUAAUAACAUCACAGUAUUUUUUUUAAAGUUGGAACUAUAUGACUCAUUGCAAUUAUUGACCCAUUGUUUUCAUAACACAAUUUGUAUGAAACUUAAAAUGUGACCACAAUUUGUGGAUUGAUGGACCAUUUAAUCUGUCACAUAAGGAUCUCUCAGGGAAUUAAUGUUGUUGGAAGUUAGGAUCCAUGAAGACAGAUUGAUUUUUAAAAUCCUUUUCUGUAUAUAUUUAAAAUAUUAAGAAUAAAAGCAGGAUUUU